AUGUCUGAGUUUCAGUUGUUUAUGGCCAUUGUGGCUGUCGUUUCAUUCACUGUGUGUGCUAAUGAUCCAUCUUCACUCCAGGAUUUCUGCGUAGCCAUCAAGGAUUCCAAUGCUUCUGUUUUCGUGAACGGAAAGAUAUGCAAGGACCCGGAGACUGUAACAGCCGAGGACUUCUUCUACUCCGGCCUACACCGGCGCGGCAAUAUCACGAGCUCAUUCGGCACAAAGCUCACCCAAGUGUUCAUAACUCAAAUGCCAGGCCUCAACACCCUCGGCAUAGCCAUGGUCCGGAUCGACUACUUGCCGGGGGGCCUCAAUCCGCCGCACGUCCACCCCCGGGCCUCGGAGAUGAUCGUCGUCCUCGAAGGGACAAUCCACGUCGGAUUUAUUACAGCAAACCCUACAGACCCUAAUUCGAAGCCCAAGCUGUUUGCCAAAACCCUUUUCCCUGGCGACGUGUUCCUCUUCCCCCAAGGCCUUGUCCAUUUUCAGCACAAUGUCGGGAAUUCCAGCGCCGUCGCCAUAGCCGCCCUUAAUAGCCAGAACCCUGGCUUCGUCACCCUCCCGAGGGCGCUGUUCUGGUCCGAGCCGCCGCUUGAUCAUGAAGUCGUGGAGAAGACGUUCCGGGUGGAGGAGAAGCUUGUUGAGUAUUGGCAGUCGAUGGCAUGGAGAGGGAACAAUUAG